GUAUCUUUCCAAUUCAGAAUGGGAAUUCUUCUUCUUCUUCUUAUUUAUUUUACCGGUAACAUAACACUACAGCUAGAAAAAAAAGUUGCAUUGUUUUCUUUUUCAACAGAACCAGGAUCACAGUUAUUUUCUUUAUUGGUUUAAAAUAAACUCAGUCUAAAUUAUAGUUCAAUAACAACACUGUUUUGCUUCUCAGUCGGUGCCCACUGUUUAAAAUUCCAUUCCGCAUUUUACUGGUUUAAAAAUGUGCCAGACCCCGUUCAAUACUCUGUUCCGUGGCCCUGUUCAAUAACGCAGGUUCCUGUUCAAUAACUCCAUUCCGUGUCCCUGUUCAAUAAGCGAAGGCAGUGUUCGAUUAAUCCGCUCCGGGUUUUAUGUGCGCUCCCCCUCCUUUCUCCUGAACUCCAGCCCCUCGCUCUCUCUCUAUCAGCCUCUCACUCCGUCUCAAUAUGUCUCAAGAUGGCGGCCAAUGCGGGAUCGAUGUUUCAAUAUUGGAAGCGGUUUGAUUUACAGCAGCUGCAGAGAGAACUCGACACCACAGCCACCGUAUUGGCCAACCGACAGGAUGAGAGCGAGCAGUCCAGAAAAAAGCUUAUUGACCAGAGCCGUGAGUUCAAGAAAAACACACCAGAGGAUCUGCGAAAGCAGGCAGCUCCACUUCUGAAGAGCUUCCAAGCAGAGAUUGACGCGUUGAGUAAAAGAAGUAAAGAAGCAGAGGCAGCCUUCUUGAACGUGUACAAAAGAUUAAUCGAUGUCCCUGAUCCGGUGCCAGCACUAGACCUGGGCCAGCAGCUCCAGCUGAAGGUGCAACGCAUGCACGACAUUGAGACCGAGAACCAGAAGCUGCGCGAGACGCUGGAGGAGUACAACAAGGAAUUCGCCGAGGUCAAGAAUCAGGAAGUCACAAUUAAAGCACUUAAAGAGAAGAUCCGGGAGUACGAGCAGACACUGAAGACCCAGGCAGAGACCCUCGCGCUUGAGAAGGAACAGCAGCUACAAAACGACUAUGCAGAGAAGGAGAGGAAGCUGCAGGAGGCACAGGAGUCCCUGUCCUCCAGGUUGGAUGAGGCAGAACACAAGAGCCAUUCACUGCAGUCAGCACUGGACUCGACUCAGGCAGAGCUGUUCGAUCUAAAGUCAAAAUAUGAUGAAGAAACCACAGCGAAGGCUGAUGAGAUCGAGAUGGUUAUGACAGAUCUGGAGAGAGCCAACCAGAGAGCCGAGGUGGCUGAGAGAGAGGCAGAGGGCCUACGGGAGCAGCUGACAUCUGCUAACAAAUCCCUUCAGCUGGCCACGCAGAUCCAGAAGGCCCCUGAUGUGGAGCAGGCACUGGAGGUGCUGACACGGUCCAGCCUGGAGGUGGAGCUCACAGCCAAGGACCGGGAGAUCGGGCAGCUGGUGGAGGACGUGCAGAGACUGCAGGCCAGCCUGAGCAAACUGCGCGACAGCUCAACCAGCCAGAUCAGCCAGCUGGAACAGCAGCUCAGCACCAAGAACUCCACACUCAAGCAACUGGAGGAGAAGCUGAAGGGACAGGGUGACUAUGAAGAAGUCAAGAAGGAGCUGAAUAUCUUGAAGUCCAUGGAGUUUGUACCGUCUGAAAGUUCUGCUACACAGGAUGCGUCGAAGCCGCUGGAGGUGCUGCUGCUGGAGAAGAACCGCGCCCUGCAGUCCGAGAGUACCACGCUUCGCAUUGCCAACAGCGAGCUGAGCGGGUCGGCCGGGAGGAAAGGGAAAGAGCCGACACUGGAAGCAAGCCAGCGCGCCGUCACCACCACCUCCACCAAAGCCACUGCCAUCCUUCAAGCCUCCCCUCCCCCCUCCCAGCUGCUACGGGUGUCUGCCAACCACAGCACCGGCGCUGCAGAGCAGGCCUCCAACGCCAACGGCACCCACCAAUUCUCGCCCACCGGAAUCGGACAGGAUUUUUUUGGGUCCUCCCUGGCUGGCACAGCCACUGCUUUCCCUCUGGCGGGGAAGGUGGCUCUGAACUCCCUCCUUCAGCGCCAGCUCAUGCAGACUUUCUACUCCAAGGCCCUCCAGGAGUCCAGUGCAGGCACCCCCACCAUGCUCUUUUCCCCCGGGCACUACAGCACAAACUCCCUCUCCGCCAGCCCCCUCCAGCAGCAGCAGCAGCAGCAGUCCGGCAGCCCAGAUGUCAAUGGCAUGGCUCCCUCUCCGUGCCAGUCUGAGGGCGCGGGCAGCGUCUCCGAGGGCGAGGACAUGGACACUGCGGAGAUCGCCCGUCAAGUCAAGGAGCAGCUCAUCAAGCACAACAUCGGGCAGCGCAUCUUCGGACACUACGUGCUGGGCCUGUCCCAAGGCUCGGUCAGCGAAAUCCUGGCCCGGCCCAAGCCCUGGAACAAGCUGACCAUCCGCGGCAAGGAGCCCUUCCACAAGAUGAAGCAGUUCCUGUCCGACGAGCAGAACAUCCUAGCACUGCGCAGCAUCCAGGGCCGACAGAGAGAGAAUCCAGGCCAGAACCUGAACAGAGUAUUUCAAGAGCUACCGAAAAGAAGAAAUGGCUCAGAAGGUACGUCGCGGCCAGGGAACAUUACGACCCGGAUCCGAACCUCAGAGAGCGGGUCUGACGAGGCCAUCAAGUCCAUCCUGGAGCAAGCCAAGAGGGAGCUGCAGGUGCAGAAAACAGUGGAGCCCUCCCAGCCUCCUCCCCCCUCCAGCAGUGUAUCAGGGGGCAGCAUCGGCAGCUCUGACGAGGCUAUCCGCUCAAUCCUGGAGCAGGCCCGGCGUGAGAUGGAGGCCCAGCAGGCUGCUUUAGAUCCUGUCCUCAAAGCCACGCCCAUCUCCCAGGCCGACCUAUCGCUGCUGUCUCCCAAGCUGCUGACCUCUGCCUCCCUGACGGCAGUCCCCACCUUCUCCCCACUGGCCUUGUCCCUGAAAAAGGGCCCUGGCUCCUCCUCCAUCCUGGACUUCCACUCCGGAGGCUCCAUCAAGAAAGAGAGCACAGAGUCGUCCAUCGCAGAGCUGCAUGGCAUCACCGACGGAGGCCCUAAGCAAGGCAAGAACGCAGAGAGCGGGCGUGGGGGCUCCUGGAGGGACCAGUGGUGGAGCACCAUGCACUCCGAGAGGCGGAGCGCACCCCCUACUGGAGACGAGAGCCGCCAACAGGAGGAAAGCAAAGAGAAGCCCCCCCGGCUGGCAGGGUCCUCGACCGCCCCCUCCUCCUCUUCAGACUACUGGAAGGACUGGCCCAGCGCCGAGUCUCCCUAUUCCCAGGGCUCGGAGUUGAGCAUGCAGGGAGCCAGCUGCAGCGAGACCCCCCAGAGCAGCCCCCUGCCCUCCUCCCCGCUGCUGCCCCUCGGCAAGCCUGCCAAGCCGGCCGUUCCCCCGCUCACCCCUGAGCAGUACGAGUUCUACAUGUACCAGGAGGUGGACACGCUGGAGCUCACCAGGCAGGUCAAGGACAAGUUGGCCAAGAACGGAAUCUGCCAGCGCAUCUUCGGAGAAAAGGUUCUGGGUCUGUCUCAGGGGAGUGUGAGUGAUAUGCUGUCCCGGCCCAAGCCCUGGAGCAAGCUGACCCAGAAAGGCCGGGAGCCCUUCAUCCGCAUGCAGCUGUGGCUCAACGGGGAGCUGGGCCAGAACGUGCUCCCCCUGCAGGGCCAGCCGCAAGAGAGCACUCCCAAGACAUCAGCGAGCUGCAGCCCAGCCCCUGAGUCUCCCCUGAGCUCGGGAGGGGAGUCCAUGAAGAGCCUUGGAGAGCCGGCCGCCCAGCCCGCUGCCCCGGAGCCCAGCGAGCCAUCCGAGUCCCAGCCUGGCACGCCACUGCCCCCCCCUGGACACUCCGGACUUGGCAUCCAGGAGAUGGUGGCCAUGUCCCCAGAGCUGGACACCUACGUCAUCACCAAGAAGGUCAAAGAGGUGCUGACCGACAACAACCUAGGGCAGCGGCUGUUUGGGGAGACCAUCCUAGGCCUGACCCAGGGCUCUGUCUCGGACCUCCUGGCCCGACCCAAGCCCUGGCACAAGUUGAGCUUGAAGGGGAGGGAGCCCUUUGUGCGCAUGCAACUCUGGCUAAGCGACCCGCACAACGUGGAGAAGCUCAUGGACAUGAAGCGCAUGGAGAAGAAAGCAUACAUGAAGCGGCGCCACAGCUCUGUGAGUGACAGUCAGCCAGGUGACAGCAACCUGGGUGGCCUGGACUACAGCCAGGGGGCCAGUCCCCAGCAUCAGCAGCACCACCUCAAGAAGCCCCGUGUGGUCCUGGCACCAGAGGAGAAGGAGGCCCUGAAACGAGCCUACCAGCAGAAACCAUACCCCUCCCCUAAAACCAUUGAGGAGCUCGCGAGCCAGCUCAACCUCAAGACCAGCACCGUCAUCAACUGGUUCCACAACUACAGGUCCCGGAUCCGCAGGGAGCUGUUUAUUGAGGAGAUCCAGGCUGGCAAUCAGGCAGCAGGAGUUGAGAGCGGUUCUCCCUCAGCGCAGGGGUGCAAGGUGGGGGGAGAGGGGGACAGCUGCGACGGCACCGAGUCCGACGGCACAGUGGAGGGCCGGCCAGGGGGCUCCCUCGGUCCGGAGGAGUACGGGGGAGCUUCAGAGGGGGAGGGGGCCGACCCCAGGGAGGAGGGGGGUCCCGAGACCCCUGCACGCUCCCCCACCUCCCAGGACGCCACUACCUCAACCUCCAGCGCGCCAGGCACCAGCGGCCACAAGGGCGGCGCCAUCCAGAGCGUAUUCAGCUUCCCCGACGCAGCGCCAGCCACCGCAAGGAAUCCUAGGGACAGCAGCCUGCGAAAGAAGAAAGCAGCCAACCUGAACAACAUCAUCCACCGCUUGGAGAAAGCAGCCAGCCGCGAGGAACCGUCCGAGUGGGAGUUCUGAAGCUCGCUAGGGUUGUUAGCAUUUUUUUUUGUUGCCGCAGCCCAGCAAACAAGAGAAGAAAAGCAAAGGGUCAUUUUGGAUUCCUGGGGAGGAUUCUACUUGGACCUCUUCUGGUUUUAUUCGCAAAAGCACUUAUUAAAGCCCUGCUGGCCACAGGGCCCAUACACCAUAGGCCAAUGGUGCAAAAAAUAUAUAUAUAAGAAGAAACAAAAAGAAAAGGAGAACCAGAGACUUAAAGGAGCAUUAAAACCCAGGAGUCUGAGCAGUUUCAAAAGGACGAAAACUGUAAACUUUUUUUUCUUUUUUUUUUUCAGAGGUGUUUAACCCUCUCAAAGUGUUUUUAAUACCGUCUCCAGAGUGAAUUAUUUUCACGCUGUCAAGCUGAAUAACUGUUACAACUUUUGCCUUGUGUGUGUGUGUGUGUGUGUGUGUGUGCGUGCGUGCGUGCGUGUGUGUGUGUGGGUGUAAUUUGGAUCCUUUUUUUGUGCUCGGAUGUCAAGCACGGAAAACUAAAGAAGACAAUUCCAGAGCAAGUCCCGAGCAUUAAAUACCGAAUGGGAGGGGCGUGGAACAGGAGUCUCUACACCCCCCGCCACCUCCUUCCUCUUUUGAUUUUUGUUUUUCCUGAAGCAGCCAUCUGAUGGCUCCGGAGUUCCAUCACACUAUAACGACUUUAGAGAAAAAAACAUAAAUAAGAACAGGAACAAAAAAAAAAGAAAAAAAUACAUUUUAUAGCUGUUCGGUUGCCACUAAGAGAUUGCACAGUCUGCCGACUCUAAACACACUAGUUUGGAUUCCUAGAUUUUUUUUUUUGGGGGGGGGGGGUUGCUGUUUUCAACUUUGAAAGGAAAAUAAGAUGACACAUUUAAUUUCACUUAUUUUUUAACAAAAAAAAUAUAUCAAAAAAGGUCAUGUCAUGAAAAAAAAAAAAAACUUGUGGUAGCUGAUCUAGUGUUUUUUUUUUUCUUGUGGAGUAGAGUUCUUGAGUAGUGAACAUUUUGUUUCAUAGCUUUAACUGACUUCUAGGUCUUUUGAGGGCCUGUAAGGGGUUUGUUUAAUACACUCCAUUUUAGGCCAAAAUCAGGAAAUAUGGCGUAAAAACAAACAAAAGAAGAUUAGCGUCUACGUAUUUUUUAAACAAAAGAACCUGUUUUUUAACCUCUAACCACGCUGUUCAGACCUCAUACCCGGGUGGUGUGGGGCACAGGUUUAAAAGUGCUGCUGUGGGGGCUUGUUUUUAGGCUUGUGUGUGCGUCACAGAAAAAUAUAGCGAUUCCAAAAUGCCGGAGCCGCACAGGUCACCAGCCUCACAGACUGACCUGCAAAAUGUCCCAAAAUGACCUGCGAGCAAUGCUGCGAGCAAGACACAGCCGCAGACAUUACACACGUAUAUGUAGCAUUUAUAAAUGUGUAUGUAUGUGUGUGUGUGUUCUUUACACACUCCAGCACAAAGAGGUGGAAUGGUUCAUCUGUGUCGUUGGUCUAACCCUUUAAUUCAGUCCCAUUGUUCCACUCAAAGAUGUUCAAAAGGAGUACCUAUUUUUAAAUACCCAUUGGUUUCCAAAUAUGCUUUCUGAUAUUGUGGACAGUGUAACAGUCAUACAUUUUACCCAAAGAAAGCUCCUCCUUUGCCACACUCCACGCUGCGAUACCAGAGGAUAGUAUUGCAGUCCAAACAUAGCAAAACUUACCUUAGGGCUUAUUACUUUGCCAAAUAAAUACUGCUACGACUUAACAGACACAUAGAAUCUGUGAGGUUGGAGGCAGAAGUGCGUCUUCCAGGUUAUUUAUUUUUCCCGAUUGUCAGUGUAAAAUGAUCAAGAAUCAUCCAAUUGCGUUUCUUAUAGAAGCUGCUGUUCAGAUGGAGCACUUGCGAGUUUUGAAAACAAAAUAGCAUGUUAGCCACCGUGCUACAGAGAAGCAUUCGUUAAGCUCACAACUAAACUGAGUGCAAAUGCACUUAGUGCUGUGAUACACUGCUGUGCACCUGUGACGUGUAAUACGAUGAAAUGGUCAAUAAUGAUAAAGGACAAACCUUCAAUGAUAACGUGGUUGAAUACGUCUCCCAUAGAUUCAUCAUUAAAGAGUCACUGUGUGGAAUACAGUACAAGUUAUGUUCAUAUUGUAUCAUUUUCCCGAUACACAAUGAACUGUUUCACCUCUACUGCGUGGCAAAGGGACCCCAGUCUAUCAGGACAAAUAUUAUCUAAAUCACUUCUCAGUAUCUAUUCUAAUAUCUGCACAAACGAACACACACGACAUGCCUGCCCCUCUUAAACACAAGCCUUGAGUACGCCAGUGCCCACGCCCUCCCUAUUGUCUAUAUGUACGUGUGAGUGUUGGGUGUGUGCUAGCGUGCAUUUGCACACGCGUGCGUGCGAGUGCGUGAGAUUUUAUAAGUCUGUGGGUGUUUUGUACGUACCUGCGCACACACCGAGUGCACAACUGCCACCCUUACUUUCUAAUAAGCUGUGUUUAUCAAUGUAUGGCUUCUACAGUGUAGCUGAUUUUUAGGUUUCUUUUAUCGCCAUAUCUUUAAGACUUCUUACAGUAGAUGAUUUCAGUAUAUUAGGAUUUUAUUUUCGUUCUUUUGUUUUCCGCUUAUUUAUAGGUGCUGUAUUUUUAUUUGAUGUCCAUUUUUUGUGUUUGUUAGGAAGGGAUUAAAAGGGGGCAAGUUACUUUUUUUAGACUGAUAGACUGCCGGCAGUAUUGGAUAAUAUUUACAAGAUGUCGUUGUCAUACAUGUAUAUUAAUGAACUCUGAAGAUUAUUUUGACUGUGUCAUUUAUAUUGUUUUAAGAGAAAAGUAAGUAAGCAACCGGUGAUGAUAACAUUAUAUGGUGCAUUCAUAACUCGAUAUGAUUUAAUAAUGUUACAGUUUUUUGUGUUUUUUUUCUAGUGUAAUAUUUCAAGAAGACACCAAACAAAAUGUAUCCGUUCAGGAAUCCGCUGCAGGUUUCUUUCACUGUUAGAAGAUGACGUAACCUUUUUUCCUUGCAUGACAUGUAUCUUUUUCAGUAAUUGUAUUCUCUCUCACACUAGUCUUGCAGCAACAGAAAAGCACUUAGCAACUGGGUUAUUCAAGUGUUCUUAAGCUAAUGAAAAAUACUCAUUGAAGUAACAGAAAAGGAGCAGGGAUAGGAGACAAGUGAAUUCAAACUGCUUCAGGAGGCUUAAACUUUGUAGAACAGCACAAAGCCAGCGGCCGCUUCUGACUAUAUUUAACUAAGGGUGCAACGAUACACCCAAGACACAGUACAAUAUGCAGGUCACAGUACAAAACCUAGCACAAUGCAUGUGAUGUUGGGCUAAUUGUGCAUGCUGUGUAAUAAGCUAAAAAUGUUUAUUAACAAGCGUUAUUUUGUUAAAGACAUUGUUGGAGCACGGCAGUGUUUUGGUGGACUACAAGUGCUGACUGGAGUGGAAGGGCUUGUGUUUUGCAGUGCUACCUUCUAUCGUGUUAGGGUCUUGAGGUCAAAGUAAAUAUACAGGGCCAGUUAGGUUUUAUAAUAACAGUAGUCGGUGGUAGCAUGGCAAAGUGUAUGUAUUGGGGUGCAACCCUUUACAACACUAAAAUCAGCAUGUAGUCUAUAUUUAGGGAAAGAACUUCUCAGCACUUAAAAGUUCAUUAAAUUGAUGGAUUCUGUACAGCAUUAAAGAUGGAAGCAGUUAGCAAGGAUGUGUCAAGGUGGCAGAUGGGGUGCUUUGCCAGUCCCGAAGUAGUUCCAAAGUGGUAGGUAGUACUCAGAUAGAAAUCUUAUACUUGUGGUCAGGGUUUGCACUGGCUUUGUCCAAAACUGUGUAGAAUUUUGUUUCUUUUAUUUUUUAUGGAGUAUUAGAUUUGAGUUGCUUUUUAAACACUGUGUGGGUCGCAAGCAGAAAAGGCUUCAGUCGGUAUUCGUUAUAAAAUAUAUACAGCGUUAUCACAGAACCUGGAAAACAUGACCUGAUUACAGUCGUGCAAGAUGCAAACGUGUUCAUAUUGUAACCAUAAUCCCAUAAGACUAAAAGCAUGCACAAAAGUACAGGAAGAUGAAGGUGUGUCCCAGUCCACCUUGCUGUCAAAUGACAAGUAGAACAUGUGAAAGCCAGAAUUUGGGCAACACAUUUAAAUUGAGGCACAAUAAUAAUCUCAAAAGAGUAGUCCCAACGUACAAGGAUCAGUCUUCUCUGAUCCUUCAGCACAAGCGUUACCUAAACCCAUGUGAAUAUCCCAGCAAAAAAGGGUUGCCUUAAAUUCCAAUGUACAGCACAUAAAAAGCACAAGCAGGGUACCAGGGCCCCAGUAAUACUCUAUUUAAGAGUUGUGGAAAUGUACCACUCCAUUCAUAAAGCACACAAAUGUGUUCACAGGAAAAUCUCUGAAGCUUCAGUUACCAAUUAGGCUGAAUGGAAAAUCUCUUGAAUAUACUGUAAAACAUUCAAUAAUUGUGUGUUUAUUAUAAAUCUGCUAAAUAUACAUGCCUCACCUCACAGGGUGAUUUGCAAUCACCCCCAUAAACCACUAGAUUGACCCCCUAGUCUAACCAGCAUCAUGUUAGCAUAGAAACUGAACUAAGCACUUAAACAGAGACUUAAACAGCUCUGUGAACCUGGGAAACCGACACCCAUGGCAUAGCAUUGCUGCUGUGUGGCAGGAACAGCAGGGGGCACUGCAGUGACUCUGUGGAAAGUAUGCCUUUACAUAUGGUUACAAACCUAGCACACCCUCAGAUACCGCCACAGCGCUGCUGAAAGAGAGAGAGGGAGAGUAAGCAGGAACUCUGGGGCGCAAUGCCUUUAAACAUGUGGUUCCAAACCCCAGCACUCUCUAGAGUCUUGUACUGCGCAGCCAGGGCAAUGCAAUUACUCUGGCAAGGCAGGUUCGUAAAAACGAAGCCCCCUCCAGAGCUCUGUCUCCCUCUAUAGAGCUGUAGCGGGGCAGUGCAGUCACAUGAAUAGGAUGCCUUUUUAUACUUGGUUACAAACCAAAGCUCUCCCAGUGUGUCACCGCAGCAAACCUGGCUGUCCCAGUCCAGCAACUCCGUAGCCAUUUUAAACAUACAGUACUUACAAACAGCACAUCUAAUCCACACACUUAUUGAACUGAGGACCACUCGUUAUUGGAUAACGGAGAAAGGUGACAAAUCGAUACGCUGUAGUUCUUCCCAUCAUUUUUUAAUAACACUUCACAACCAAAGCACAAACAAAGUAGAGCGCUUUUCAGGCCUGCUCGUAAAUGUAAUGUUUUAUACAAGACUAUUUUCAUAAUCAAACCACAUUUCACAAACUGCAAUGGGAACAGUCCUUUACCUUGUAGCUUUCCAGCUUGCUGGUCUAAUUUGCAGCACACCAUCUAUCUAAGAAUGACAAAUGAAACGCAAACAGCUUUCUGGGUUUUAUAGCACUUAGUUUUCCAGAUUUUGUUGCGUUGUUUCAUCUCAACACUGGACCUAAAAUGUGCACUUCACCAUCACAGUGUGUGGAUGGAGAAACUUGGUCCAUUUAGUGUUGUAACAAAUCUGAAGACAAGUUUGAUUUAAUUACUUAACCAGCUGCCCCAGACACACCAUUAUAUUAAACUCAUGAGUUAUUUAUAUUGUCUGUUUGGAUGGAUUGAAUAAUGCUUGAUAUAUAUGUCACUGAUACUGACAAGCAUAUGAAGUGAUUUGUUAAAUUAAAACUCUCCUGAGUUACAGUUCUGUGACAAUUGUGGAUUGAAAUUACAAAACAUCUAGGAAAUAGUAAACAUUGGCAAUAAAGCAGUGUACAUUUUAAUUUGAAAAUAGGAAAUGUGUAAUGCUUGAAUGAAAUUACUAAUGAGUUUAAACCAGUUGCACAGCAAAACCUAACAGGAAACAAUACAGACUAUUGAGACUAUCAGUUUAAAGGAGUGCAAAUGUUAAAAAACAAGCACUAAGAUUACAAUGUACAUUCUGCCGUAAUGUGAUUACAUUUUCGCUAGGUGGAUGUUUUUAUCCCUUCCCUUCAUAGCAUCAUUACACCCCAGAUAUAAGCUAGAAAACGAUUGGAAACUAUUAUAUUUCUGACCAGAUUUAUUUUUAUAAGCUACAUCACUUUUGUUCUCCAACAGCAUUCUCCAGAGCGUCAGUAUUCCGUUUUCAUAAAUAACCUGACCAGUGACUAUGCUUAGUGUUUAUCCAAUAGGUGAACUACUUGUUUCAGUGCAAGGACAGUGAAAACCAAUGGACUUACUGGUAACUGAAGCCUUUUCUGUGUCCUCGCCCCUCUGUGUGUGGUUCUUCAAGCAUUGGCUGUGAUCUGUGUAGGUGCUGAACAGCACACUGCCCUCCCUGCAUCUCUUCAUUUGCAGUGCAUGAGCGAUUAACAGAACUUGCGAUCUGAAGGAGAUUGAAAUCUGGCCUAACAUGAAUCUAAAUGAAGUGGCAAUAAAAUACCUUACAGAAUGCUGUGUUCAAACUUUAAGCCUCCCAGACCCUAGAUAGGUAGUGAUUUUUUUAUUUUUUUUUUAAAUGAAAGACAAAUGAACCCUUCAGUCAGUUGAAGGUGGUCCGUUUCUACUGAAGUAAUUUGGUUUGGUUUCAGAAGCCAGCAGCCGUAGCCUUGCAGCAAACUUGCACGAUAAUUCACUGAACUGUAGUGUGGCGGUUUUAGGGAAAUCAUAGGGAUUAGGAAGGACAUUGGGGAUUACACUGUAAUUUACGUUCUUGACAGAACGAGACUGUGCAAGGGGUGAAGGAGAUGGCUACCAGAUACACAGCAUCAUCAGUGCCAGUUUUGAAAUGAAUGGGAAUCCAGCAAGACUGCUUCAUUUUCUUGUGCAAAUUAGGAGACCCCUCCUUGGCAGUUGCUAGGUGUGUUAAGAUGGCAGUGCAGGGCUCCCCCACAUGCAUUAUUAAGCUUUAGUAUCUUUGUCUGGCAGAGGUAAGGCAGUACAGGUGUGCUGGCCUUCCAUUCUGCAUACAUGAUUAUUUCAGAAGUUCGAGGUUCAAAACCUGCCCUUGCUUGCAGUGGAUGCAUAUUAUGACGAUUCUCUAAUCCAGCUGCUUUGAUCUUGGGUCUGCUAAUGAUGGAAACUAGCAUUAGCUUGUUAAGAGCGAUUCUAACACAGUGUAGGUAGUAAGCAGUCGCCAUUGAAAAAGAGAUUGUUAAACUGAAAAUCAAUACCGGAGGUUAGAUCUACUCUCGCACCCCAUUCAAAACCUCUAAAAUCUCAGAAUAACCAAGCAGAUGUGCUCAUUGAAAGCUAUUUUAUUGGGCUGCUGGAAUGCCUAAUUGUGGUGUGAUGCAAUGGUAGUUCACAUAUAUGGUUUUGGAAGCUGCUGUUACUUUGUGAAAGGCUGUAGCGCUAAAAGCUUGUUUUUUUUUUUGUAUGAGGAGCCUGCUUCGUGGCUAUCAAGGAUCUCUGUCUCAGGAUCUUUAUUCACAUAAUAUAUAUAUAAAGUGUUUACCUGUAUCCUCACCUCUAUUUGGAAAAUGAUCCUUGAGUGCCACACGUGGGGGUGGAUGUCGGCCGAUUUCUGUGAUUCCUGUAGAGGUGUUGAGCAGGAAUAGACAGCAAGCCCUUGAGUGUCCAAAUCCAGGCAUUUUCUGGCAAGAUCUUUAAAAAAAAAAAAAAAUUUAAAAAAUGCAAAUUGAACUUGUUAUUCCUAUUGAAAAUAGGUUUAUAAAAUAUUUCCAGCAGUAGCUCAAGCGUUUGGUAGCUAUAAUUGGAGCUGCCCACUCAGAAGGGAAACCGGGAGUUUUGUUUUGUAAUCAAAGUAGCAAAUGUUCUACGUUAUAUUUACGAAACAUCAUUAUGUGGUGCGUAUGUCUGAAAUAUUUUUUGUUAUAAAAAUGACUGAAUCAUAAACCUUUUUGUAUAGUGUUCCAUCUUCUUAUGUCUUUAGCCUGCUCCCCAUUUGAGAACUGCUGAAAAAACUAGGCUGGCCCUUAGCUACUUCAAACAAAAAGCCCCCAUUGUGGGCAAAUGGUCAAAUCCCGAUAUUCAAGGAUGCUACCUAGUGAAAUAAAGUAAAAUUGCAAUAAAGUAAGCAAGGAUUCCCUUUAUGGGAUCAUUAUUAUCAUUUGUGACAUUAUGUUUUAGCUUAAAAAAAAGUUACAAUGUACAAUUAAAAUCAUAUCAACACAACCACCUCUAGUGAGAACAAACAAUGAUAAUGUAUAUAUUUUUGAGUUGCAGUCGUAGUAUUUCAGGUUUUGAACAUAGUGUUAAUGUCACCUCUGUCUUCACUGUUUGUCUAUAUCUCUUUGUAUCAGAUUAUAUAUUUUGUCAUUACAUGAGGCAGCACUUGAGACAUGUGUGUUUUUUAUUGUAAUUGGUCCCUGUUUGGGAUGAGUAAUCUUUCCAUUGUGUGGUAGAUGUUUCUGCCCUCCCCCCAUGAAUUUCGUAUGCCCCCCCUGUGUCCUGGGGGAAAGUUAAGUGACUCAAGCACCCAGGUUGACCAUGGCAACACGUUUCCAGAUGCUAGCUCAGUGGCAAUGCCCUGUUACUAUUAUGUCCUUGCCUCUUUUUUAGCUUUAUUGCCAUUGUCACUGCUCCCAUUAUUCCUGUACUGGUGAACUUUUUAAUGUAUUUUUAAUGUAUUGUUAGUUUUGGGGUUACACACACCCAUGUAGGUUUAACACUGAAGCCAGGAGCACAUUUUCCUGUUGGAUUCCUUUUCUACAGGUAUGACAGCCUGCCUGCUCUGUGCUUUCCAUGUAUUCCCUUACCGGUUACAAUAUUUUAAAAGCAUGUUUGUACAGAGCAGUGACAAUAUAUUGGUCCUCGUUGUUUUAGGAUUUGAUAAUACAGAACCCCAGUUAAUUCGCGGUUAGGCCAUGUUGACAGUAAAUUCUACAUGUGCUGUACUCAAUAUUUCAGAUAGCAAAAUGAUGCGUGAGCACAGUAGAGCUAAUGAGAGGUAUGACAAUGAACUUUAAAACAUAUACAAGGUCGAGUUGUCCAUUGUGCUAUGAAAUAUGUAUCACAAGCUUGUGUGCAUUUCUAGAAACUCGUUUCUGGGUUAGAAAACUAUUUCAGCUGCAGAAAAAGGGUGGUAGUUUUACAAUAGCUGUCACGACAAAUUAAGGGGGCUAUGAAAAAGUUUUUUGCAAGACAUCUAGCAACUUAAAUGUAGAACGUUGCUGCCACAUACUGAGCACAUUGGCACAGCCCUGCACAAUGACACAGGCACGUUGGCUGUAUGUAGAAUUGAUGCAGAUUAAAAGCUUAGCAAUAAACGUUUUGCUCUUAAUGCAUUUCCUCAAACCUCCUGGAGGUGGAUGGCGACUGUUAUUCCUUCUAAUUUUGUCGCCCCCCUCCCCCCCCCACACACACACACACUCACUCCACUGUUGACAGACAUCUGUUACAGUAAAGACCCUGUCCAGGACUGUUGUACUGGUAACCCUUCCACAGACUUGUGUACAGACAUGCUUAUUAGAACUACAGUUCCCAUGGAGCCUUGCUGCCGCUCUGACUUUCUGUAAGGCAGCACACCAGGGAUUCUCCACUGCCUGUCUCAGAAAUUGAUAUGAGAAUGAUUGGGCUACCCCAAAAUUCAGGAUAUAGGAACCAUUUAGUGUCUGAUUGACCCAACUCUCCCAAAUUUUUUACCUAAUAGUUUUUAUAAGCUCUUCCCCUCUUGGUGUCUUACAGUUUCAGCUGAGUGUGCGUGUGUGUAUAUCUGCGUCGAGGAGUCGAAUGGUGUCUCAACAAUAGCGUUACUGCCUACUGACCCAAGUAAAAACUACCUUGGGGUUUAUCAUUUAGUGUUUAAUGUUCUGGAUGGAUUCCCUUCUGCCUCCUCGUCGCAGUAUAUUUGGCCAUAUCCUGCUUUGUGGAGGUUCUGUAGAGAUUUUCAUUCACAAUUUGUAACUAGCUAACUGACUCGCCGCCAAUUUACUGGCUCUUACGUCGUAUCACUUUACUACUACCAGAUUUAUAAGCCGUUUUUCUAGAAGAAUAUUUUUCAGCUCAUAUCCAUAAACAGGGACACUACUUUUAUCAAUUGAACAGGCCAUGUUCAUGCUUAAAUAGAGGUCUCCAACCUGCCAUCCUAGCCCCUCGAUGCCUGUUGUAAUGCAUGCAUCUUUUUAAGUGGCAGCUGUGUUUUGAGGUGGAAUGUCACACUAAAUCCGUGAUACAAUAAAUAUAAUGUUACACAUUGUGGUCCAGAUAGACUACUGUAAAUUUCAAUGAGUAGAACAUGAAUUAAUACCAUAAAAAUAUCCUACUUGUUUGUCAUGCGCUAGUCAAUGUCUAGGUGUGUUCCUGAUUAACUGAUACACAUCAUCUGCAAGCAGUUUGGGGGUUAGUAAUACUCCGAUGUCUUCAAUAGCUUUAAGAUAUUCUUGCCAGUAACCAGGAGACACUUGUUUUAGCAGGAGUUGCUGCAAUUUGGUUGCCAAGUUGGAGGCCUCUGCCAUUCUAGGGUUAAACAAUUUUGUGCAAUUUUCCUUUAUUUUUCAUUUUAUUUUCACUACCAAACUUCACAUUGAAGUUUCUACCCUGCUGUAAAUGGAACCCAGUUGACCAAUGUCUUUCUUUGUGAAAGUAGCACUUGGGCUGCCCCUGUGUUUCCUUGUGGCUCACCUUCUGAAACGUCUUGUGUUUUUCUUUAUAUUUAAAAAAUAUAUAAAUAUAUUAUAAAUAUAUAAGAGGCUGCAUGAUUGGUGGCACUGGGAGGUCACUCCCUCAGCAAGAUAGCGUUGGUUUUCUCUGUCACCUGUCCCAUUCUGAACAUUUGAGUUUUUUAUUUUAGUUCUACCAUGUCAGUCUGUUCUCAGCACUGUAAGACAGUCCCUAUACAAUAUGGAGAAGCAAUAUCACUGUAUGAAACUCACACAAUGUAUUAUUAUUAUUAUUAUUAUUAUUAUUAUUAUUAUUAUUAUUAUUAUUCACUAGCACCCUAGGUGUGAUAAUUGAAGUAAAUAUCUUUUAUACAAACACAA